AUGGAAUUUUGGUUAAAAGACGGAAUUGCCCCCGUCUCUCACACACUCUCUCUCUCCCGCGCGUCGCUCUCUCUCUCCUCUGGUUCGCGACCGCCACCACAGCCGGCCACGUUUUGGCCGGCCGUUCAUUCAUCCGGCCACCACUCGGGUCGGGACCGGUCCCAAAAUGACCGGCCUGACUCCGCCGUCCUACCCUACCCAUUCUCCGAUGUCCGCCGGCAGCGAUACCGCCGGAAAUUGCAGAAAAACGGCCGGUUUUUACCCAGAUUUUCCGGAGCUCGUUCCGGCGAUUCCGGCCACCAAAUCUUGCGAUCAAGGUAUGAUUUCUUACCUAUUUUCCGUGAUCUAGCUGAUGUGGGUAGGAUUUCGUAA